AUGGCUCCGAAAGCAAAGAAACCCGCAGCGAAGACAUCAAAGGCUGCAGCUAAGGCUGCUGCACCACCCAAAGUUGAUGCUGGUGUAGUCAAGGCUAAAGAAAAGGCACUGAGGGCCAAAAAGACGUCUGUCCAUUUCCGCCGACCCAAAACAUUGAAGCUGCCCAGGGCUCCUAAAUAUCCACGUAAAAGUGUCAACAAGACCAACAAGCUUCACCAGUACUGUCUGAUCAAGUAUCCAUUGACCACUGAGUCGGCCAUGAAGAAGAUUGAAGAUAACAACACACUGGUCUUCAUUGUUGACAAGCGGGCCAACAAGCCAAUGAUUAAGAUGGCAGUCAAGAAGCUGUACGAUAUUGAAGUCGCAAAAGUCAACACACUCAUUCGCCCUGACUGCGAGAAGAAAGCCUAUGUAAGGAUAGCUCCUGAUUAUGAUGCAUUGGACAUUGCAAACAAGAUUGGCAUCAUCUAA